AUGGCUUGUCUUUCAUGCAGACUAGUUGACUCCAGGGAUAUUGUGGAACUACAAUUAAAACAAUUGGACUGCGAGCUCUUAAUUCGGAAGAAAGAAGCUCUGGCUCCCCCACCAUCUCCUGCUCCAAUUAUGAUGGCACCAUCUCAUUAUCCACAACAUGCCCCACCAAUUGCUGCUGCACCUCCACCCGCCCCUGCAUCCGCCUCUGCACCUGCACCAGCAGCAGCACCCGUGCCAGCAGCAGCUCCUGCUGCCAAGCCAGCCAAAUCUUCUCUUCCAGCACUUAAAUGCCCCAUGGCAGGUACAUUCUAUCGUAGUCCAGGACCUGGUGAACCUCCUUUUGUUAAGGUUGGAGACAAAGUGAAGAAGGGACAAGUUCUUUGCAUUGUUGAGGCGAUGAAAUUGAUGAAUGAAAUAGAAGCUGAUCAAACGGGGACAAUAAUUGAUGUACUUGCAGAAGAUGGCAAGCCUGUUAGCAUCGACACUCCACUCUUUGUGAUUCAACCAUAG